AUGCGCAGCACCUUGUACACGAUGCCCGAGACCGAAGCGCUCCGCCGCGCCACACACUUGCCUGUGGCGGUCACGGUGCGCCCGUUUGCGCCGCUCCAGCCGGGCGAGGACCCGGUGCCCACAGUCGACAUGACACAGGGCCUGGGCCCGCCGCGCUGCAACCGCUGCCGCACCUACAUCAACCCGGCCAUGGCCCACACCGCCGCAGGCAGCUUCACGUGUAACGUGUGCCAGUUCGGCAACAACCACGUUCCGCUCGAGUACGUGGCGCCGCUCGACGCCUCGGGCCAGCGUGUGGACAGGGCGCAGCGGCCCGAGUUGCACCGCGGCGUCUACGACAUUGCUGUGCCCGAGUACUACGAGGCCGGCGGCAAAGCCAUGCACCAUGUGUUUUUGGUCGACGUCAGCAUGGCCAGUGUGCAGCGGCAGUUGCCAGUGGUGGCGGCCGACGCGAUCCGCUUGGCCAUUUUCGGCGACGGCGACGGCGACAGCGACAGCGACGACGGCAACGACACCACCGAUCCCACGUCCUACUCCAUCAUGCUCUUCGACAGCAGCGUGCACGUCUUCAACCUCGCGCCCGAGCUCGACACGGCGCAGCUUGUGCUGUCGGGCGACUUGGACGACCCGUUCGUGCCGUUCCACCACGGUCUUUUCGCUAACCCCGCCGACAGCAGAAGCAUCAUCGAGGACGCCUUGAACACCAUGGAGCAGCUUGCGCCCGGCUCGCCCGAGCCGUGUUUGGCCGUGGCCGUCCGCACCGCGGCGUUGGCCUUGCAGAGCGCCGGCGGAGGCAAAAUCACCGCUCUUUUGGGCACGCUUCCCUCGUGGGGCCCCGGCGGCUCGCGCAUCAAGGAAAACAGAAACGUGGGCCGCAGCCCGCUGGCAGAGGCCGAGCGUGCCUUGUACGCGGCCGACAACGAGUACAUCCGUCUUUUGGGCAAGGACUUGGUGGCGCAGAACGUCGGCUUGGACAUUCUUGCCGUGGCCGACACCCCCACAGACGUGUCGAACCUUGGCUGGCUCUGCUCCGUCACGGGCGGAAUCAUGCGCAAGUGGACGUCCUUUGUGUUUGAGCGCGACGGCAGAGCCUUGACGGACCAGCUCGUGUCGUCGGUGAAGAAGUGCGUGGGCUACCAGGGCCAGCUCAAGUUGCGCUGCUCCAACGGCUUGCAGGUGACCCAGUACUACGGUUUCCCUUCGGGCGAAGCGUCCUUGGUCGGCCUCUCGCUGGACCCGGCUGUACCUGUCCUCUCGGAAGACCUGACCUUCACCAUCUUGCUCGAGUACGACGGCUCGCUCAACACAAAGUACGACUGCCACUUCCAGGCCGCCGUGCUCUACACAGACCGCCAGGGCACCCGCAAAGUGCGUGUUGUCAACUUGGUUUUGGCUGUGAGCGAACGUCUCCAGGACGUCUUCAGUUUUGUCGACCAGGACGCGGUGGUGGCCACCGUUCUUCGCGAUACGCUUUCGUUUGUGGGCAAAGAGCUGCUUGUCGAGUUGCGCAAGUCUGUGAGCGAGAAGCUCGUGCAGAUCUUCACGCUGUAUCGGGCUAUGAGCGAACAGAACCACAACAUGAACAGCACGCGUACCAACCAGUUGAUUUUCCCCGACUCGCUCAAACACCUUCCGUUGUACUUUUUGGCAUUGCUCAAGUCUCGGGCGAUGCGGGACUCGUCUUCCAUUUCCAUCGACUCUCGCCUUUGCGAUGUUUAUGACAUGAUGUCCAUGCCGCUCGAACGUUUGGCCUACCACUUGUAUCCGGCACUUGUGGAGCUCCAUUCGUUGGCCGAUACCGACUGCUAUGCGAACGGAGUAAGUGCUGAUGCAGAAGAGAAUCCAGAAGAGUUUGUGGGCGAAGCUUUCCUUCGUCUCCCUGAGUUCAAGCCGUUGACUGCCCAGAGCUUGGAACCCGGAGUCUACAUCUUGUGCAAUGGCACUACAGUCUAUGUCUGGGUGCAUCCAGACGCCAACAAGCUUCUUCUCCGCGACUUGUUCGGCGAACACAUCCGCUCCGUUGACGACAUCGACCCUUACCUUGAUCUGUUGCCUGAACUUCCUACGAACAUCUCGCAGCAGGCUCGCAACUUGGUCCAGUACUUCCAGAAGGAGAUCAUCGGGUCCGGCUCCAUCAGCAGUUCAGCUAUCCGCAUAGUGCGCCAAGGCAUUGACAGCUGGGCUCAUGAAUUCAGAGAGUGUUUGGUGGAAGACCAUCUUCCUUCGAAAACUGUCAAUACAUCGCCAACUUUGCCUGAGUUUUUGGCGUCCUUGCACCGCGCUAUCCAGGGCAAGGUUGACGUGGAAAAGAAACAUAUACAAGAGAGUACAAAGCACGAUGAGACGUUUGUGCAGCGCAUGCUUCAUUUUUAG